GGCUGCAGGAAGCGGAGCCACGUCUUCACGACACUGAGCUGGAUUGUGCAUCGAUGGAUCCACGCAGCUGCCAGCUUUGAUGGACACCAUCGUGCUGAUGCACAGCUGCUUGUUGUUGGGGUGAUAGGAUGCUGCGAGCAGGAGGCGCGGCCACUUCCCUGCUGCUGCUGCUGCUGCUGCCCCUGCUGAGCUGCUGCCACCUGUGCCACUCGCUGAGCGUCCCGAAACUCUCCUCCUAUGCAAAAGCCGAAGACAAGUUGCUGAAAUACCUCUUUGAAAACUAUCAGAAAUGGGUCCGCCCCGUGGAGUACCUCAACCAGACCAUACGUGUGAAGUUCGGCCUGGCCAUAUCCCAGCUGGUCGACGUGGACGAGAAAAACCAGCUCAUGACGACCAACGUCUGGAUGAAGCAGGAGUGGGUCGACAUGAAGCUCCGCUGGGACCCGGAGGAAUACCUAGGCAUCACGACCAUUCGUGUUCCCUCCGACCGCAUCUGGCUGCCUGACGUGGUUUUAUAUGACAACUCCGACGGUCGCUUCGAGGGGACGGUGACGAAGGCCGUGGUGAAGUACGACGGAACGAUACUGUGGACGCCGCCGGCGAAUUACAAAUCCGCCUGCACCAUCGACGUCACCUUCUUCCCUUUCGACCUGCAGAACUGCUCCAUGAAGUUCGGCUCCUGGACCUACGACGGCUCCCAAGUGGACAUCAUCCUUGAGGACUUCCACGUGGACAAGCGGGACUACUUCGACAACGGAGAGUGGGAGAUAGUCAAAGCGACGGGAAGCCGCAGUUUGAGGAAGGACAGCAGCUCGCACUACCCCACCAUCACCUACUUCUUCAUCAUCCGCAGGCUGCCGCUGUUCUACACCCUCUUCCUCAUCAUCCCCUGCAUCGGCCUCUCCUUCCUCACCAUCCUGGUCUUCUAUCUUCCCUCCAACGGCGGAGAGAAGAUCUCCCUUUGCACGUCCGUGCUGGUGUCGCUGACCGUCUUCCUCCUGGUCAUCGAGGAGAUCAUCCCCUCCUCCUCCAAGGCCAUCCCGCUCAUCGGGGAGUACCUGGUCUUCACCAUGAUCUUCGUCACGCUCUCCAUCGUCAUCACCGUCUUCGCCAUCAACAUCCACCAUCGCUCCUCCUCCACCCACCACGACAUGGCGCCGUGGGUGAGGAGGAUCUUUCUGCACCGGCUCCCCAAGCUGCUGUGCAUGCGGAGCCACGUGGACCGCUACGGACCGGCCGGAGCCACCGGGACCGGGAGGGCGCUGGGACUGGGGAUGAUGGAGGACUCGGAGUUCACCCCUCUGUUGAAGACACGACAUAACCUACAAGCAGCUCUGGAUUCUAUCCGCUACAUCACCAUGCACGUGGUGAAGGAGAACCAGGUCAGGGAGGUGGUUCAGGACUGGAAGUUCGUAGCCCAAGUUUUGGAUCGCAUGUUCCUGUGGGCCUUCCUGCUGGUGUCGGUCCUGGGUUCCGCUCUCCUUUUCAUCCCUGUCAUCUACAAGUGGGCCAGUAUCAUCGUGCCGGAUCAUUCUGGCAGCAUCCUGUGAAGUGCUUCAGAUCGACCCUCUCUGCCUUCGCCACACGCUGCUGUUGCGACUCUCUUUUGCGCCAGCAGAUGGCACCAUUUAUUCAACACCAGCUGGAGAGAAAAAGACACCAAGUCAUAAACGAGCUCCACCUCCUGUGGUUCUGUGCAGUCAUCUUUGGAUACAAACUAGUCUUUGGCCUUCUGAGAACAUAUAGAUGUCUUAUAUAUUCUGUAUUAAAGUGCCGUGAAAAAUAUUUAUUAAUGUUACCGAAGGUAGCAGAGAACAAGCUGAUAACACGCUGAGACCUGGAAGCCCUCACUGUUUUUGUUUGUAGCAACAUUCUCUUUCAUUGUCCCAUUGUUCUCCAGCGACUUCAGAGUCCUGGCUUCAUGGCCACGAAACUCCCAGACCCAGGACCUUUGCCUUUUAAAUGAAGUUGUGAAACGCUGGCGAGAUGAAGGAUGAAUCUGUGGGUCUUGUUCAUGAGUGAGGGAAGGAUGAAGAUGGGCAGGCGGAUCAGUGUGACUCAUUAGGACUUUGUUUUGGUCAGUCAUGGUAAAGAAGAGCUGAAGGACACAACAGCCGAGGCGUGAAAGGUUUCUCAGCAGGGUCCCUGGAUCCUCUCAGAGAAAGGGAACCCAGUCUUCUGGGUGAGACUCAGAGUAGAACAGCUGCCUCUAAAGCUUCUGUUUAAAUACGAAUAUGUAGAUCAUUAACUCAAUUAAAUAUUGUGCAUAUGAUUUUUCAGAUGUCAGCGACCUUCGAGAUGUUCUCACCCCACUUGCUCUUUUCUGAAUCAAAAUGAACAAGUUUAAAGGAUGAUUUUUCUGCUCCGUGAGGAAGAGCUGGGUGAAACUUCGGAACUUGCUGUUGGGUUUUCUUGACAGUGAAUGUUCAGGAAUCAGUCUGAAAGCACAUGCCGUCUGUUACUGCAUGAACAACGACAUACAAACUUGUGUCUCCUCUGUGCUCUCCGUACUCUAAUUCAGGACUUUCUGCACAACAACAUCCACUGCCAACUGUACUUAACUUUACUAUAACCAAACUAUAGAUUCAUGCCGUCAGCUCUGAAUAAA